AGUUGAAUGAGUCGAAAAUCUUCAAAACUGCUGGAGGCCAAAUUCUUUGAAACAUUUCGUCAUACUGGUCUGGGUUGAGUUAUCUGGUAUUCUCUACUACUUGGUUGGGUUUUUUCUUACUGGACACAAGAAUCCAUUAUAACAUCAAUGGUAUUGUUUGCCAGCUUUAGAAUCCCACAUACAGAUGGCAACAAGAAUUGAUAGCUCUACAGAACCUUCGGCUGGUACUGAUGCAGCACUCACAACUCCAUUGUCCCUUGAUGGUGAGUUGAGAUAUGGGCUGGAAGGGCAGAGGCAGGAAAAAAUUCUGACCAGAAUUUUGAAUCUAUUCAAAUGUAUCAGACCAGGCUCUGAUCUAACCAAGUUCCAGCUGCCCCCACAGUUCAAUCUGCCCAAAUCACAGCUCCAACUCUUUGGGGAGAGUGUGUACUUCUAUUCCCAAGACUUACCAAGAAAGUGUGCACAAAGAGAAACUGCUCUUGAAAGGUUCAAUUCUGUGGUUGCAUGGAGUAUCUCUACUACCAGACUUCCAAUCUUUAGGAAAGCUCCAUACAAUCCCAUUCUUGGGGAAACUCGCCAUGUCUCCUCUUGGAACCUCAAUGUGCUUCUUGAACAGGUAUCACAUCAUCCACCUGCAAGUGCCUUGCAUGCAACCAAUGAAUCCCAAAAGCUGGAAUUGAAUUGGUGGCAUUAUCCUCAAGCCCAAUUCUGUUGA